AUGUCUCUUCCUUGGACGGGAGAUUUUCAAGUCCGUAACGAGCAGAUGGUGUUGGGCAGCGAAAUGAACUAUCGCAAUUUGCAACUAUGGUGUAACAAAGAUUCCCAACUUGGUGGACUGGUUUUUGGCAGGCCACUAAGGAAAGAAAUCGUAUUAAUACUCUUUGCAUCAGCUGAGAAUCUAACCAAUUCAACUGCUGAUUUUUUGACGAGCUGUUUGAGUGCAGACGUUGAACUCGUUGGGAACGUUUGUGUUGAUGGUGAAGAUGCUCCACUAAUUGGGAAUGGUUUUACACUCACUACGAAUAGAACUAUACUAGAAGAUGCUGACGCUACAACUUUUCUGGCUCAGAAUGACCUCCUCAAACAUCGCACACUCACACCAGACGGCUUAUCGCUUAGAAUUCAAGUUGGUUUUUCCUGCGCUUUGCGCAGUGGGAACGAGAGCGAAGAUUUGAGAAACAACGUGGAAAAGUUCAUCACAGGAUUAGACCAGCUAGUGUUUGCAUCCGUAGACAAAAGAUUGUUCUUACGUAGAAGUAUGGAUGAAGAGGCAAUGGAAAAACAGCGUCAAAACUUUAACGAUCUUUCUCGUAGCGCUAUCCAAUACAAGGACUUCGCAGAGCUUAACUCAUAUCGAGGUUUGGCGUCUAACAACAAAGAUGACUCGGAUGACCAAAAGAUGGUCCCAAUCGUACGCAUUACACGAGAUGGGACAAAAUACUCUCGUUUGCGGAAGAUCCUCGAUGUCACAGUGCCUGCAGUUUUUGGAGACGCACCUAGCGUUUUAUAUGAUCGGUUGGAAGAAGGUUUACGACGUAGAAUAAGCGCAAUGACCGAUGUCAUGCUAUUGGAAUCGGCUAGUCAGGGUGUCGUGCUUCCUACUGUGUCGCAUGUAUUUCUUCCGGCCGGGUGGUCGUGUUUUCUUCACCUCGAGACUCCUCUCUGUUGUGAAGCAAAUCAACGCUCUUUUCGGAUUCGACUUCAUAAGCUUUUCAAUCUACCAUUGUCCAUGCCAUGUAUUCGGCCAGCCCAAGCCAUUACUUUCGCACCUUCGAAGCUAUUGCGUUCGCCACACCUUCAUAUAAGCAACUAUAAGUCGCGAGGAGUUUUGUCCACUGUAAAAGGUGACUACACGUACUAUCAUUACAUGCAAGAUGGAAUCGAUGAUGCUGGAUGGGGCUGUGCUUAUCGAAGUUUACAGUCAAUUUGGAGCUGGUAUAUUCACAACGGGUUUACUGACAAACCAGUGCCAACACAUUUGGAUAUACAAAAAUGCUUGGUGGAAAUUAAAGAUAAAGAGGAGAAAUUCAUUGGUAGUAGACAAUGGAUUGGCAGUACUGAGAUUGGUUUCGUACUGGAUCACAUGUUAGGAAUUGAGUCUCGAUACAUAAUAACCAAUUCUGGAAGCGAAGUGCCUGAACGAGCUAGAGAGCUUAUGGUGCAUUUUCAAACAGUUGGUUCACCGGUAAUGAUAGGAGGAGCACAGCUUGCUCACACCAUACUCGGGGUCGACUUCGAUGAAGACUCUGGAGAAUGUAGUUUCCUUGUAUUAGAUCCACAUUAUACUGGCAGUGAAGAUCUUAAGACUAUUCUCAGCAAAGGGUGGUGUGCAUGGAAGUCACCAUCGUUUUGGCGUACCGAACAUUUUUAUAAUAUGGUUCUACCUCAAAUUCCACCAAACGUUCUUUGA